AUGUAUAACGAUCCAAAAAUGUUUCCACCACCUACUCAAUUAUUAGAAUGUGGUCAACUUUUUAAUUUAUUGAAUGCUGAAAAUUUUUUACCACGAUUAAGUGAUCCAAAUUAUCUCUAUUUAAUUGAUUGCCGUCCACGUAAAGAUUAUGAAGAAAGUCAUGUUAUAACUGCACAUCAUCUAAAAAGGGAACGUGAACAAAUUAUUACUUAUCCAAAUGAAAUUUGUCCACAACUUGUUUAUCUUGGAAGACGAGCUCAUGCCAUCAAUAGUACAAUUGUUAAAGAUUUAAAAAUACGAGCAUAUGUAAAUUGCACAAAAUAUGAUGAUUAUUUAGUACAAGGAGCUGAUGCAUUGAAAUAUUUUCGAAUGUCUGUUGAUGAUAAGUAUGAUGCACCUGUUUCACAAAUAGUUCAUGAUGCUGUGAUGUUUAUUGCGGUUGCAUAUGAUCGAGGAGAUCCUGUACUGGUUUAUUCUGAUCGAGGUAUUAGUCGAGCAGCUGCAGUUGUUACAGCCUUCAUUUCAUUUAGAAUGAGAAUGACAUCCACAGAAGCUCUUCAAUAUGUAAUGGAACGACGUGAAGUUCGUCCUCAAUCAAGUUUUAUUUCAUGUAUUGAUGAAUUAAAUAAUCGUUUACAUAAUUUAAAAGAAACAAUGGAAGAUGCUACUGUGAGACCGUCAAUGAUAAGUCAAACAUCAAUUUUAAAAGAUUUACAUGAUGAACAAUCAAUUGAUGAAAAUGAAGACAAAAAAGUUGAAUCAACAUAA